GUGUACCGGGCCAUAAAAAAUAAAAAGCAGGAGUGCGCGUGGCGUUUUUGGGCAUUCCGCUGCACGGAAACAAGAUCUUCGUCAAAACGAAGCAAACCACCCCGAACACCUUGCUGUUGUGGCAUCCUUCCAAACGCAAAACGAUGAGGAAAAUGAACAGCGACGACGACGACCACCAGAUCUCUCCGACCCAUACACCGGGACCAACGAUGGACGCCGAAAAGGACACAAACAUCCGGAGCGAGAGGCCGGGAAUGCGGCGAACCAACGCCUCGAAGCCCCUGACGCACAUCCACUUCGAUAGCUCGGACGACGUUGUCGCAACGAUCGACAUGCCAAGGGAAGAAUUCACGGAGCGGUGGUAUACCAAUUCGGAGUACUACGUGUUCCGGAGGGAGGCGACGAGGGCGUGCAAGAAACGCCAGCGGGUGAAACAGAAGGACAAGCUCAAAGACGACAACGUGUCCUGCUACACCGGCCUGGACAUGGUGUGCGACGAGGCACUGGAAGCCCGGAAGCUCCUGGUCGAGAAAGCCCUGGACACGGUCCUCCGGACGCAGGAGGUCCACGGCAAAACCGAUGGUCCGAGCGCCAGAACGAGCGGCGAAAGCCACGGAAGCAACCGCCGCAGCAACAACGACAACGACAACGACAUCAACAACGACAACGAGGGCCGGCCACCGGAAACCAAGCCCCCCAUGGACGAGGCAAUCGCGCGGAAGUACAUCGAGAUCAGCUGCGACACCAAGGCAAGAGCCCUCAAGGCCGCCAAGGUCAACGAGAACGAGGCGAAAGAAUACUGCCGGGCCCUGCGCGCCGACCUKGUCGACAUUGGCGUCAUUGCCAGAACGAAGACAACCUCCCUGGAUCUGUCGCGUGCACUGCACCGGCUUCUCCGCUUGAAAUCCGAGUGAGGGCUUUGUUCCAAACCAAACGGGGACGCGGCCACAGGCGUCGGC